GGGAAGUGUCGGACAGAAGAGACAGAUACUGGAAGUAGGGGAGCAGAGCUGCUGUGAGAUGGAGGGACAAUUACAAAAGGGGGGUGACCAGGACCUUUCAGGUAGGGGAAAAGGUGGUUGGCCAGACACAGGGAAGGAUCAACUGGGAAGGAUCCAGUCCAAAUGGAGAUGCUUCUUAUACUCUAGAAGAGAAAGAGCAACAAAAACUGAGGAGGGAUCCAACCAAGAUCCGUCAUUGGGGAAGGAAGUAGCCCAGGCUCGGACAAGGGGAUCAUUGAUGUAAGUGAGUCCUCUAUUCCUCUCCCAUUGGGUACUAAGAGCCUAGAUUGCACUGGAAGCUCUCUGAUCCCUUUCUCCCAAGUUCAACCAAGGGCCAUAAAGAUUGAGAAGACCUGAGGGAAGAUGGCUUCAGCUGGGCUGGAACUCCUGGGCCUGACUCUAGUGGUGUUAGGCUGGCUGGGGACUCUAGUAUCCUGUGCCCUGCCCCUGUGGAAAGUCACAGCCUUCAUUGGCAACAGCAUCGUGGUGGCCCAGGUGGUGUGGGAAGGCCUGUGGAUGUCCUGUGUGGUCCAGAGCACCGGCCAGAUGCAAUGCAAGGUGUAUGACUCCCUGCUGGCCCUGCCCCAGGACCUACAGGCAGCUCGGGCCCUCUCUGUCAUUGCUCUGAUGCUUGCUUUGCUGGGUCUGCUGGUAGCUAUCACUGGAGCCCAGUGUACCACAUGUGUGGAAGACGAGGUGGCCAAGGCAAGGAUUGUGCUGACCUCGGGGAUCAUCUUCCUCAUCUCGGGGAUCUUGGUCCUGAUCCCUGUGUGCUGGACAGCCCAUGCCAUCAUCCAGGAUUUCUACAACCCCCUGGUGGCUGAAGCUCUGAAGAGGGAGUUGGGGGCUUCACUUUACCUGGGCUGGGCAGCUGCUGCCCUAUUGAUGCUAGGGGGAGGACUGUUGUGCUGCACCUGUCCCCCACCUCAGCUUGACCGGCCUAGGGGACCCCAGCUGGGAUACUCUGCUGCCUCCCGAUCAGGGGCCUCCGGUCUGGAUAAACGGGAUUAUGUGUGAGACAGGCUGAAGAACCAGCAGUCCCAACUCCAGACCUAACUAGGACUCUGAAAGUCGCUCAAGGGCAUCCGAUCCCGUUCAUUGGCCAGAAGUAAUCCUGGCUCCAGUACUGGACUUGGCUUACCCCAACUUUAGCUUCUAAACCCUAAGCCAGUCGACUGUUUCAAACUUUUCCCCAUGUUUUAUUAACCCUAAAGGAAAUCUUAUGUCUUUAUAUACCCUAUUUGUAACUACGUCCUAACCUGGAUAGAAACCCCUGCUUC